AAAAAGGAGUGUUAUUUCAGAAGUCUUAAGAAGUAAUACGCAAAAGUUAGGACAACAAUGACAAAAAUUACAAUUAUAAAUUGCAUCAUUGUAGCUGUUUGCAUUUUUCAAACAGCAGAGGCAGGACUUCUUAACCCACUAGGUCCUCUAUUGAAUACUGUUUCAAAUACAGUUGAAAACGUAAAAGAAUUGGGAAAAGAAGGAAUCCAAAAUGGAAAGGAAACUUAUGAUAAAUUAACAGGACUUGCACCCCAAACAGAACUUUCAACAUCUUCACCAUGCACUAAUGCGGACAAUAAUAUUCAAGAAGCUGUCGACCAAGUAAUGCAAAUGUUUAAUACAUGCCUUAUGAAAACUAAUUCAACUUCUAAAAUUAAAGAAAUCGAUGUAACCGAAAGUCUGCAAAAUGUAUCAAAAAAUAUUCAAGAUGCUUUAAAUUGUAUUCACGAUUCGAAUAUAACUGAAUGCCUCAAUAAUGUUAAAGGAAACAUUUUCGAAAUAGUAACAAAAAUUAAAGAUACGGCACAACAAAGUGUGAGAACAGUAAUCCUACACAUCAAUGAUGUAAGAGAGUGUUUGGUAACAGAAAUUCAUCAAUUAACCAACCAGACUAUGAGCCAAAUCAUUCAAUACGUGAAACAAUGUGUCCAAAGUUUUACUUUUACGCUACCAUUUAAAUUAUAAAUUAUUUAUGGAUCAAUAUAACUCUAUUUUUACCUGCA